GGAAAAAGCUGUAAAUCACGGAUACUGUUUCGAUAGACAACCCCACAUGGGUGAUUUUGACGUGUGAUGGUGACUAGCACCGGAUAUUAUUCCCCAUGUGAAAAACAUGAAAUGUGACUUACCCCUGCACCGUCGCCUCGUUGUUUAAAAUGAGAGGAAUGAGAAGGGUGUCGAUGUACUUCUGGAACACACAACUUGUGACUUCACAUUCAUAAGCAAAAUGCGAAGCCUGUUAAUGAUGUUGGGACUAUGCGUCCUAGUGUUGUCCCCAUUUCCAGUUGCAGUAUCGGAGCGGUGCCACCCACAGGACAAGAAGGUGCUCCUCCGCUUCAAAAAGGAACUCAACAACCCUUACUUCUUAGCUUCUUGGGACCCAAAAGAGGAUUGCUGUGACUGGUACUGUGUUAAGUGUGACGACAGAAAUAAUCGUAUCUACGAAGUAUUUCUAGUAUCCUCUUUUCCAGACCCCAAUGUCACUGGCCAAAUACCACCCUCUGUGGGUGACCUCCCUUACCUCGAGUACCUUGACUUUCACAAGCUCCCCAACCUCGUCGGCCCAAUUCCGACAACCAUCACCAAACUCACCAAACUCAAAUCUCUCUCUAUCACAUAUACUGGUCUCUCAGGCUCAAUACCUGAAUUUCUAGGCCAGAUUAAGACCCUCGAGUAUAUAGCCCUUUCCUUUAACAGCCUCUCGGGCUCCAUUCCCAGCUCACUUUCCCAGCUCCCUAAUCUCGGGUCUCUACAGUUGGACAGGAACAAAUUGACGGGCCCAAUCCCGGCCUCUUUCGGGUCCUUCAAGAAGCCCGGGCCAGAUCUCAAACUCUCUCACAACCAACUUUCUGGGACCCUUCCCCCUUCCUUGGGCAACCUAGACCCAGACAAUAUAGACUUGUCAAGGAACAACUUGGUAGGCGAUGCUUCAUUUCUUUUCGGAAGCAAGAAAAAAACUCAGGUACUUGAUCUUUCCAGGAACGCCUUCUCCUUUGAUCUGUCUCCUGUGACGUUUCCGAAGAAAACCUUGAUUUGGUUUGAUAUCAAUCACAAUAAGAUUUAUGGAAGCCUUCCAGUGGCGUUGACCAAAGUGUUUAGUUUUUAUAUUUCUCUACGUAACAAUUUUUAUUCUGUUUUUGUAUGA